CUGACGCCCAACAGACUUCCGCAUUGGGGGUACGAUGUCCCACGCGUAGAUGUAGCCAUUUCAGGCACACAGGGGAUGCAAACUGUCCUUCUCUGGACGUUACAUUUUCUCUGUUUCUUUUUUUCCUCUCCCCUACAUGAUGUCAUUUUGCCGUACAGGCGCAUUCCCGGGCAGGACCUUACAGAUGCAGAUGCGUACCUUUGCGAUAGACGCCCGAUUGAAGAUUUCUGGCAAUGGACACAAAGGCAGCACUCACAAAUGAGGGAGCACCCUCAGAGGCAGGUAGUGUGGGAAACACAAUCAAUUCAGCCUCGGCAAAGCCGAUGAAACUUCAAUUACCAGCAAGCUGUGACCCGCCACCGCCUCAAGGUCCAACUAAGGAGCUUGUUUGGAUUGUGUUCGGGGGCACCGGCCACAUGGGCCGAUCGCUCGUCAAAUGCGCACUUUCGCACGGCGACAGCGUUACCACCGUCGGGAGGAGGUUUGAGACCACUCCCGAGGAUAUGGUGCAACAACACGAAAGAUGUAUGGGAGCGUUAUGUGACGUGCGCAUCCGCGAAACCGUUGAACGCGUUGUCGAGAGGACAAUCGAACGAUUUGGCCGGGUGGACGUCAUCGCUAACUGCUCCGGUUACGGUGUCAUUGGGGCCUGCGAGGACCAGGAUGAACAUGAAAUUCGCAAUCAGUUCGAGACUAACUUCAUGGGAACGCUCCACAUAAUCCAGGCCAGUUUGCCUUACUUUCGCCAGCAGGCUGCUGGUCGAUAUUUGAUAUUUAGCUCUACUGCCGGUGCCCUGGGUGUCCCGGGGUUGGGCCCCUACUGCUCAACCAAAUAUGCCGUCGAGGGCCUGAUCGAAGCCAUGCUCUACGAGAUUGACUCAUUCAAUUUGAAAGCCACAUUGGUCGAGCCGGGCCUCGUGAGGCGCGAUGAGCCGGACUCACAGACAAAUCCGCUUCCUACCUGGGGUCAUUUCCUGAUCCGUCCGGCUAGCGAUCCGUAUCUGGAUCCCACAUCACCAGCGCUUCAUGCGAUGCGCAUGGUGCAGUGGCUCGGAGACAGGCAGCCCACGAGCGCCGUAAAGUGCGCCGAACUGGUUUGGCAACUAGGCCACUGUUCAUACCCACCACUGCGGCUCCUCCUUGGAAACUACGCGAUCGAGAGUAUUCGCGACCGCUUACGGUCGGUGACGGAGGAGCUCGAGGACUGGAAGCAUCUUAAUUUCCCAGCACCACCUGACGCUCCGGACACGCAAGAGAAUGACCAAGAAAAGUACGAAAGGACUGAAACGGAUAAGGAUGGUGGUGAGAAAGCCGGAGGGUGUAUGGAAGAGAAGAUGGAGGAUGCCGUGGAGGAUCGACUCGAUGUGAUGGACGAGGAGAUGGGAGAAUUCCCUGGUUAGUCUAAGUCCGCGAAGGCUCAGCCAAAGAAGAAAAGAAGUCAUGCAAAUAUUCCUCUAACAUAUUUCCCAUAUCGUAAAAUUCCGAGAUAGAUCUACACUAAAUAUUGGCACGGUAUCAGUGGGUGGAAUAUCAAUGUGCAAAUGUGCUGAUCAAUUAUA